AUGCUGCAGUACGAGCGCCCUUCUCAGCACCACUUUGACUACUCGCCUGCCAUGAUUCACGGCCACUACUACGAUUCCCCCUCCCAGCCCCGGCCCGAUACCGCUGGCUCUACCGCAUCCUCGGGCUGGGACCACAUUUCGCCCGUCGACUCGCCCACGUCCCCCACCUUUGCGUACGCGGCUCACCCCAACCUCGUGCUGCCGUCCCCCGCAGACGUCGCCCACGAUCCGCACGACGACGCCAACAAGACCUAUUCCUUUGUCUCUCUGCCCGGUAACGCCGUCAAGAAGCGGCCCCGUCGCCGCUACGACGAGAUCGAGCGCCUGUACUCGUGCAACUGGCCGGACUGCACAAAGGCGUACGGCACCCUCAACCAUCUCAACGCGCACAUCAACAUGCAACGCCACGGUCCGAAGCGCACACCCGCAGAGUUUAAGGAUAUGCGUAAGCAGUGGCGGAAGGCCAAGAAGGAAGAAGCGGAACGCGCCGCGCGCCUCCACAGCGCCGCCAACGGCUCGGCGCCCGGCUUCCCACUCAGUGCCGCCGCCGAACACUCGUCGCACGCACACCACCACCACCACCUCGCCCAGCACUCGUCCCUCCCCGACCUGCACCAGCAGGCGCACUAUCCCGGCCAUGGUCACUCGCACUCGCUCAGUUUCACGCCCGCCUACCAUAAUCAGCAGCCCAUGUACCGCACCAUGCCGCCUCAACAGCUGCAGUCUAUCGAAGAGUACGGCCAGCCUCUUCGCCGCCACUCCAUGCACACGGUAGCGUCGCUCUCCGGUUUCCCGCCUCCGCACCCUCAGGCGCCGCCGCCGCCACCUCAACAUUUUGCGGGCGUGCACACGCUGCAGCACUCGCUCUCGAACGCCUCGCUCUCGAGCACCUCGCACAGCCUGUCCCCGCCGCACGAGUAUACUGAGCCGCCCCAGCAGCAGCAACAGCAACCAGGCUCGUACAGCUCGGGCUGGAUGUCUCGCGCCGAGACGCAGGGUUGGGACUCGCAGCCGCAGCCCCAAUACUCGUACGAGGCUCACCACGGCCAGCCGCCGUCCGUGUACGAGCAGCCGCGCUCGAUGUACGGUGACACCCGAGGCUCACUGGCACCGGACAGCACACUGCUUACGCCCCUCGACGUGCCCGGCUACGCGCCUGCCGUCCACCACGACGACCGCUGA